UGUUUACGUGGCAAGCUAAGAUUGGAACAGCGUGACGAACAACGCUGUCCCUUCAACAAAACAGAUACAUUUGGUUUUUCUCCUCGUCGUUCAAAUUCCCGCUCUCACCCAAAAAAAAAAAAAAAGUGUCCUUGAUUGCAAUUCCCCAAAUAAUGGCUAAUUACCAAAGAGACCCCUAUUAUCCUCCUCCGGGCUACGCCCUUCCUUUUCCGCCACCGAGUUAUGCAUCAGCGCCGCCGCCGCCGCCUCCGGCAGGGUAUGAGCCGUUCAUGCCACCGCCUCCGCAGUACCAAGGUUACCAAAGCUAUUUGAAUCAACAGUACCCUCCGCCACCUCCUUCGCAUUACCAUUGCCACCACGUACAGUAUCAUGACGAUGAUACCCCCGGUUUUACUUCCUUCUUGGAAGGCUGCUUGACAGCGCUUUGUUGCUGUUGUUUGCUAGAGGAUUGCUUUUUCUGAUGAUCAUUCUAAAAGUUGCAUCUGCAGUUUGGUGUUCUUGGCCGGUUAUAGCUUCUCUGGAUAAAUGUUGCUCUAAUGUCGUACUUCAUAUGUGCGGGAUCUGGCAAGUGUUAGUCAUCGUUGUAACUCUUGGGUUUUUACCUUCUCCCUCACUCGUUUCUGGGUUCUUCAUAGAUUUUCUGAUGUGAUCAUUGUGAAUGCUUACUGUUGCUUAAUGUAUAUUGGAAACUGUAAAGAACAAUGUUUUUACCUGGAAUAACAAACUAAUAUACUAUGGUU